AUGCGUUUCUCUGUUGUCGUUGCCGCGCUUUGCGCCCCCUCGGCUCUUUCUUUCCCCUGGUUAGCACCGGAGGGAUUAGAUGCGCUGCUCAACCACCCGGAAGCUCGUGCAGAGAUUGACCGACGCUUAAAAGAGCACCAAGUCGACCAAGCAGAGAAGAGCCAUGAGCCUCGACAGCUCAAGACUGGCGUCGUGGGUGGCGUUGUGUCCUUGCUCGGAGGCACUGUUGAGGCUGUCGUCGACAAUGUCUUGGGCCUGAUUCCUACCAAUAAAGCUGUCACGGGUCUUCAGAAGUUCCCUGAAUCUUCUCACCCGUUCAAGGCUCCUGGUAAAACUGACCAGCGAGGCCCUUGCCCUGGUCUCAACACUUUGGCCAAUCAUGGAUAUAUUCCCCGAAACGGUAUCGCUACGAUCGGCCAGAUCCAAGCUGGCACUGCAAAACUAUUCAACAUGGGCGCAGAUCUUUCUGCUCUCCUUGCUGUCGGUGGUGCUGUCGACGGUGGCGAUCUUCUGUCUCAGAAGAUGAGCAUCGGAGGUCCUGAUAACCGUGUCGGGCUUCUGAAUGGUGCUCUGAACAAGAUCUUUGGCAAGCCAUCUGGUAUCGCUGGACAUGGAAAGUUCAACGAAGGCGAUGCGUCUGCUACACGUGAAGAUUUCUACCUCAACGGAGAUAAUAUUUCAUUCAAGUCAGAACUUUUCAAGCAGAUGCACCAGCAGGCUCUUGCCAAGGGUGACGGCACUUACAACGUCGAUGCGAUCAAAGAACAUUUCAAGAACAGAUACAGAGAUUCUAAGGCCGCCAAUAAGCAGUUUUACUUCAAUCUUCCUAGCGCCGCAGUUGUCAUGGGCGCGUACUAUUUCGUUCCUGGCUUCUUCUCCAAUGGAACCAUUGGAGCUGGCGGUAUUGCCAAUGAAGCUUCCAUCACCUCUUUCUACGGCGCCAAGCCAAAGCGCAAGAACGCUUGGAAGGAUAAGGACCUUGAAUACACCCAUGUUCCUGAGCGCAUUCCUGAGCAAGGCUGGUAUCGACGCGCUACACCUAUGACUAUCCCUGAGGCUGUUGGUGGGAUUCUUGAUGUCUACCUUUACGCUCAGCCAGCACUAGGAGGAUCUGGCGCUGAUGGUAGUUGGGUUGUUGGUCCACUUGACUUGCCCAAGGAUCCUCAAGGUUUGAGCUGCUUCCUGUACAAUGCAAUUUUCGCCAACUUUCCUGCCGAGCUGUUCAACUCUGUCAGGCUCUUGCAGUCGAUUCUCAAUGGUGUUUCGGAUGCACUUGUUCCCGGAUACAAGGCUUUGGGCUGUAAGGUCGACUUCCCCGAUGCCAAGGGAUCUUCGGCGAGUAAGAAGUUCGCCGCGUACGAGAAGAAAAUUCACGUUGUAUACUAUCAGCAUACGCAAAACCCAUUCCUGCCAACUUUACCCAUACCCGGAGACCCCAGAAACGGUGCAGCUUCCAGCGUAUCACGUUCCUUCCGUGGUAAUACGUUCUCGAGUGCUUGUCGACUCUGGAUGAUUGCCCAGGAAGUUCUGGGUGUUUACAACUUUGCUAAGGCACUAAUUUCGGAACGUGUCCCGCUGUCAUUUGCUGAAUUAAAGUAUCAGAAAUUAUUGGUAUGGGUUGACGGCCUUGACGAUGGCAUGAAGAGAGUAGAGGACUGCCCAUACGAGAGUAUCAUCUUCCAUACCCUUUUUCACGUCGUUGUGACGAUAAUAUUCCGCCCAUUCAUCACCCUGCCACGGUCAAGCCGAUUGAUGACACUGACAUCUCCAGACAGUCACCCCAAAGCAUUAUACGCUGCUUCGAUGAAUCAACUGAAAGAAUUGGUGUUUUGCUUCUAUGCGAAGUAUCCUCAAUCUGCUUACACGACAUUCUUCAAUGCCGCACCACCCACGCUCAGCCUCGCGAUGCUAGAAGAUCUGCAGGGCCCAUCAUGGCGACACUAUUUCUACCUAUGUGUGCGCUGCUGGCAAGACCUGUUUGAAGAGAUGGUCAUAUUUGACGAGUUGAUUUAUAAGAACACAGCGUUGUCUAGCAAGUAG